GGCUUCUGUAGCUGCUUUAAAAUGUUACUACGUCACUUCCAGAGUAACACAGGAAGUGUGAGGUGGCUGUCUGGGCUAGAAGCGAAAUGUCUGCCAUUUUUAACUUCCAGAGCCUCCUCACGGUUAUCCUGUUGCUAAUUUGCACAUGUGCAUACAUCCGUUCGUUAGCGCCGAGUCUGCUAGAUAAGAACAAAACUGGGUUCCUGGGCAUAUUCUGGAAAUGUGCAAGAAUAGGUGAGAGGAAAAGUCCUUACGUGGCCGUCUGCUGUGUCAUAAUGGCCUUCACCAUCUUAUUCUCGGAGUAGCAAUGGACCGCACAAAACGGACACUUUAACAUCUAAGGGGGAGGCUGAGGGCCAGGCUCUGCAGUCUCCCCCACGGCGCGAUAUGUGACUUAUCAAGAUUUGGACUCAAUUGUCUGGUCUGAGCUGGGGUCUCAUUGAAGCACAGUAGUUCUGCACAGGGAGUGCACUGAAGUACAUCCUGUGCGUUGCAAGUGUUUGCCUCGUGGACCUGCUAUUUGUAAACAUGAUUGUUUUCUUUGUUGCUCCUAUGCGGUGUACCGUUGGUGUAUCUUCAUGUCACUACCAUUAUUUUGCCACUUUAUCAAACCAGAUUUCUUGGGGCGGGGCGGGGGGGGG